AUGGGGACGCACGGAUGGCCGCUGCUGCCUCUGCUGCUGUCGCUGCUGCUGUGUCGAGCGGGCCCUCUGAGGCCUGGUGCAGCCGGCCUGGGGGCGCCGGCGGGGGGCGGCCGAGCUCACUCUCCUCCUCCCCCAGGACCGCAGCAGGAGGGGGCGUCAGGUCCCAUGGACACCAAGCUGCUCACCGGCCCCUGUGGCCAUCGGGAAGUCCAGCCGCUAAUUGUAGGUGGAGAGGAGUCGGUGCUGGGGCGCUGGCCCUGGCAGGUCAGCCUGCGUCUGAAGAAAGACCACGAGUGCGGGGGAAGCCUGCUGAACCACCAGUGGGUGCUCACGGCUGCCCACUGCCUCAGGAGGUCCCUUGCUCCAAAUACAUGGACUGUCCAGUUUGGGGUGCUAACUUCCCGGCCAUCUGGCUGGAACCUGAGGGCCUACAACUAUCGGUAUAGGGUGAGGAAGAUCGUCAUGAACCCCCAUGCAGAAAUGAAGCGCCAUGACAUCGCACUGGUGCGGCUAGCCUCCUCUGUCCCCUACAACAAGCACAUCCAGCCCAUCUGCAUUCUGUCUUCCACCACCAUGUUCCAGCACCGGCCUGACUGCUGGGUGACUGGCUGGGGCUGGAUCCAAGAGAACCACAAACUCCUUCCACCAUACCACCUCCGGGAAGUGCAGGUCACUAUCCUGAACAACUCCAGGUGUAAUGAUCUGUACACCACACUAAAUCUAUUCCAUAUAAUCCAAAGCGACAUGCUCUGUGCAGGCACUGAGGAUGGCAGUGUGGACACAUGCAGAGGUGACUCAGGAGGACCCUUGGUCUGUGAGGAGAAAGGGCGGUGGUAUCAGGUCGGAGUGGUGAGCUGGGGCAUGGGCUGUGGUCGGCCCAGGAAGCCUGGUGUCUACACCAACGUCAGUCAUCACUUCGACUGGAUCCAGACUGUGAUCCUCAGCGGCACGCCCAGGCCAGGACCCUCGCCCUUGCUGCUGCUCCUCACUCUCCCCUGGACUCCCCGGCUCUGGGGCUCAGCCUGAGCCCCCCCGAACCUGGAAGGUGCAAGUCUGGAUCAGGUGCUGCCAACUCCCCAGCCAUGGAUCUGCCCAGUGUGGUGGGAAAUGUGUUCUGUUUUCCUUUUGUUAAUAAACUCAUGCACAUG